AUGAUUCAAUAUUAAUGGUCUUUCUCAAACUCAUAUUUCACACAACCAUUGCAAUAAUAUUUAUAAGUUGCCCAAUCUCAAUUAGCUCUUAUUAUUUAUAUGACCAAAUCUAAACAGAUAGAUCAGAAAUAUAAUACUGCAUAAAAUUUAGACAGCCUAUGCACUAAAAAUACCUUUGACUUAUUUAAUAUUGUAUCAUUUAGGAGUUAUUUAUAUUUGGGUUACCUAAGGAACUUACUAAUCAAUUUAUGGCAAAAUCAUUACAAAGUCUCAUACCCUAUUAUACAUUUUAAUGAGCUAGUAUUUUUAGUUUCAUUAUUGCUUUAUAUGGAACAUUCGAUACAAACCUAUAAAAAUACACUGCUACCCAAUUAUUAUAUUAUGCAUCAGCAUUUUUUGUCUGCAAUCAUCUUUAUUUAUUCUAUUCGAAAAAUAUAAUCAGAAGGAACGAUGUGCAUUAGCUUCCCCCUUGUGACAGAAGAUUAUUCUUAUCAUAUGAAUACCUUUUUAUUUUUAAACACUGAUAAUUUUUGUGUGUAAAUAUUCAUAUUUGAAAUCUUAGGCUUCUAUUAUUCUAUCAAGUUUGAUAAUUUACAGAGGGAAAUCAAGCCUUUCAUUAAGUUUCUCAUAAAUUAGUUAAUGUUUCAUGUCUUUGAGAUUACUAAGAUUUACCUUGUGAUAAAUCUAUUUGUUUAAUUCAAUUCCUACAAGUCAUCAUAGAUGGUAUCUAAUUGGUUAUUGACUAUGACAAGCAUUGUCAUCGCCUUCAUCCAUAACCUUCAUAUAUUAGGGCAAUAUUAUUUAUAAUUAAGGAACUGUAGAGACGGAAGAUUUUUUAAUGACAAUCCUCAAGUUUAAGUUACCAAUUUGAGAGAAGAGGAUUUAGAAAAAUUAGAAAUUAAGUCCUUUAAUUCUUAACUAGAAGUGUAAUAAAAACGAAACUAAGCUGUAGAUUUAGCCUGAUUGGAAGAGUAGAAUAAUAAUACAAUUUAAUGUCCCAUUUGCGGUGAUGAUAUCCAAAAAAAUAGAAAAUUAUAUUACUGGAAUGCUAACAUAUAUUUCAUUCUGCUGUCUAAUUAGAUGGUUGAAAAUCAAGAAUUCUUGUCCCUACUGUAGGAGAUCGGCAGUAAAAUGUUAAUAAUGAUUUUAUAGAUAUAUUUAAUUAUAUAUUUAUGUCUCGUAA